CCUCUCCGCCUCUCCGCCUCUCCGCCUCUCCGCCUCUCCGCCACGCAGCUCCCGCCUCAGCCCCAGCAUCCAUCCGCCUAACUGUGCGCAUCCGGCGGUCUCAUGCCCAUGACUUUGCCCCAUGUCACUCGCCGUCGCCUGUUCCAUGCUGCUGCUCCAUACGCAAAGUAGUACGUAGUAGAGCUCGGUACUCAGCCGUCCCCGUAAAAAUGGCUCUCCCUUCUUCCUCCUUCCUUCCCGAUUCACUCUUGUGCUGCUUUUUCUAUCCGAUGGGAUCCUGCGCCAUCUCCCCAUAUCGUCAGUUUGAAUUGCCAUGUCCAGCGGGGUGCAGCGUGGUGCAGCGUCAUGCAAUGCCAACAACUCCUCGAUUUCCACUCCCACUUCCACUUUCAACUUGCACUACGUACUCAUUUCCACUAAACACCUUCCUUCCACUCCCACUACCAAGCACAUCCCUCCCAUUAAACACCCUAACUUACCCAUUCACUACAAUAGCAUUAUGCACGGGAAAUCGUCCCCAGCCUAGGGGCCCCGGCCCAUCCACUGGCCCGUGAUGGCCCAUGACAGCUUGAUCCCUGCUGCAAAUCCCAGUUCCACUGCUUGCCGGGAGCAGGGAGAGGCAGGGAGGGUAGGGAGGUGUAAAGCAAAGCAAAAGCAGCGCGCAACACAAAGGGAAUGGGAGUUUGCCAAAUGCCCCGGGCAAGGAUACCAGCACUACCAGAGCUAAUCUGGUAGAUCCAUUCUAGCUGGAAAAGGAAAGGAAAGACUGUGAUGAGAAAAAGAAACAGGGGGAAGGGGGGGAGAAGGCGAAAGACAACGAAAGAGAAUCACGGCCCACGACAAGACGUCCGUUUUCGCAAUGACUUCACUAGCUUCCACGCCCAUCUGUCGCUCAAUGUUCUAGAUUCGUAACUUCAACCAGUAUUUUGUC